GAAUCUGCUGCAGAAACUUUCCUUAAUAAUCUUCAUCUCGACUGUAACCGUGGAGUGAUCUGAGCCGGACCGAGCAGGAGACAGGAGCUGGCGCGCUCUGCGGACCGGAUCGCUUUGUGUUUGGAACACAUCUGGACAACUCUCCUGGUUCUGCGUGGGUUUGACACCAACUCAAAGAUCAGCAGUCCAAAGAAGAAGGAAAAAGUCCGGAUCACUUUGGCUCCCGGAAGCAGCUUUGGUUGUUUUUUAAAUCCAAAAAUCUGCGCGCUGUUACGCACGACAUGUGGUGGAUGCUGUUUCCGCGAUGGAUCUGGUUUCUUCUUGGACCCUCGUCUCUGUUGAUCCUGCUGAAAACGGACGAUUGCUGGGUGGAAGCGAUGCCCAUGCCCAUGUCUGUGGCCAAGGUCGUCUACUCCCACGCUGGUCUGUGCCCAAACGAGCUGAACCCAAACCUGUGGGUGGACGCUAUGAGCACCUGUAUCCGCGAGUGUGAAUCCGACCAGGACUGUGAGACCUUCGAGAAGUGUUGCCCUAACGUGUGCGGGAACAAGAGCUGUGUGGCGGCUCGCUACAUUGACGUCAAGGGCAACAAAGGCCCCAUUGGCAUGCCGAAGGGCGCCACCUGCGACAAGUUCAUGUGCUCACAACAAGGUUCCGAGUGUGACAUCUGGGACGGCCAGCCUGUGUGCAAGUGCCGCGACCGUUGCGAGCGGGAGCCCCACUUCACGUGCGCUUCUGACGGCAUGACGUACUACAACAAGUGCUACAUGGACGCGGAAGCCUGUUCCAAGGGUAUCUCUAUCUCUGAGGUCACCUGCAGGUACCACCUGACUUGGCCCAACACAAGCCCGACACCAGACGAGACCACACCCCAUCCCACCACUGCUCUUCAGACAACGCUCCCGGCUGAUGUCCAGUCGCCGAUCAUACACAGUGGACCCACCCAACAGGCAGUUUUUGUGGGCGAGACCGCCAGCUUCCUGUGCGAAGUGUCCGGGAAGCCUCACCCAGAAAUCACGUGGGAGAAAGAGAUAAAGGGGAAAGACAACACCAUCAUGAGGCCCAAUCACGUACGAGGGAACGUCGUGGUCACCAACAUUGGCCAGCUGGUCAUUUACAACGCGCAGCCUCAAGAUUCCGGUAUUUACACCUGCACAGCUCGGAACGUCGGCGGGAGUGUGUCGUCACACUUUCCUCUGGUGGUGAUCAGGAGGGAGUCGAGAGGUAAGGCCGCGGAAAACAGCACCAAGUUGCCCUUCCCGGCCGAAGAGUGCCUCAAAACUCCAGACACUGAUGACUGCGGCGAGGAGAGUGUGAGCUGGUACUAUGAGUCACACCGAAACAACUGCUUCACCUUCACUUACAGCCAGUGCAACAAGAACCGUAACCAUUUCAACAGCUAUAACGCCUGCAUGCUGUCGUGUGGGGCGGAGCUGGCGGCUCCAUGCAGCCUCCCAAGCAUCCAGGGUCCUUGUAAGACCUACGAGCCUCGCUGGGCUUACAGCAGCGUCCUGAAGAAGUGCCAGUCGUUUGUUUACGGAGGUUGCGGAGGAAAUGAGAACAACUUUGAGUCCAAAGAGGCCUGUGAAGACAUGUGCCCCUUUCCCAAGAACCACAACUGCAAGAUGUGCAAGCCUCGCGGCAAAAUGGUGACCAGUUUCUGCAAGAGCGAUUUCGUGAUCCUGGGACGGGUGACGGAGCUGACGGAGGAGCAGGAGUCCGGUCACGCUCUGGUGACCGUGGAGGAGAUCCUGAAGGAUGAGAAAAUGGGUCUGAAGUUCUUUGGCAGAGAACCCUUGGAGGUGACCCUACUGAACAUGGACUGGAACUGCCCCUGCCCCAACAUCACCACCGCCAUCGGGCAGCUCAUCAUCAUGGGGGACGUUCAUAACGGGAUGGCCGUGCUGCAACCGGACAGCUUCGUGAGCCAUUCCAGCGCCCGGCGAGUGCGGAAGCUUCGAGAGGUGGUGCACAAGAAAUCCUGCACCUUCCUCAAAGAUCUGUCUGUGGUCCAGUAGAUUCUCUCAAAACACUCAUGACCCCAAGUGUCCUUAUGCAUUUGCUCCAACAGUGUAAAACUAUUAUCAGGGUGACAGGAAAUAUAUAAGCUAUUUAGAUCAAUAUAAUCAUAACCUGCACAGAAUAUCUGAUCUUUUUCCCUCCAUUCUUUAACUACUAAUACCAUAAGAAAUAUUCUAUUUAUUUAGUUAUGUUUGGAAUGCAAGCGUGCUCACAACAACUUGACAUUUUGAAAUCCCUUCCUAAUUUCAGAGUGAAAAAAAACACUGCCGUGUGGAUGAGAAGCGUCUCAUUCUCUUUCAUUUGCAAUAUUCAUUUUUGUAUGUGACGUCUUAUUUAUUCUCUUCCCGCUAGGCUAAUAUGUUGUCAAUAUGUUUCUAUAGGAAUGAUUGAUAUUCCGCCGUUGUAGCUGUAAAGGAUGUCAUGUGAUGAAUAAAAACCCUCCUCCAUUGGCUUUUAUUUCACACGCGCUCCUCGUCUGGCAUAAAAAAUCUGAAGCAGGUCACAUUCCAGCCCAGCUGUGGCGGCCUGCCGAGCUGUGUGUUGUGUUGUGUCUGGGUUUGGGGCCCUUGCAUAGCACAGCGGCUAUCCAUUGGCCUCGCGCGGCCCCUUUCAUGUGCCGGAGGCCAAGGUGAAGGGGAAGACGAGGGAGACGGGUGAUGAAUGCGUCGCAUUGAGCACUGCUGAAUGAAGAGGCAUGUUCAGACCAUAACAUUUGGGUGAGAAAGUUAUAAGAUCUUUUUAACACUAGAGUCACUUCCUAUAACAUACAGGUCAAAGUGGACAGAUGGUAAACUGCUGGAUACUAUAAGAGCAGAAUAGGAUCAGCAGGAUGUAGAGGAACGAAAACAUAAACAGCUCCCUUCCCCCACGUCUUCAUUUCCUUUCUUCAAACCCCCGUUCUCAUCCCUCUUCCGCGACUGUCUGCCCACUCGCUCCAUCAGAAAAACCCAGC